AUGGCCACCACCACCACCGAGGAGAGCUCUCCGGUCACGGCCACUACAGCACUACAGCAGCCUGACUUGGAAACUAGCAUAGAACCCGGCUCAGCAGUAAAGCCUGAGUCCAGCAAGGCCCAAGUUGAGGAAAAGGAGGAUGAGGAAGAGGAGGAAGGAGGUGGAAGCUCUAUGCAGGGGCAGGAAAAAGCAAGAGGGCAAAGUUUGGACCCAGAGUGGGUGGAAGAGAGGUUCAGGAUUGACAGGAAGAAGCUGGAGAACAUGUUGUAUGCUCCAAAGCAGAGAGAUGGAGAGACAGGAGAAGAAUUUUUUGAGAGAGUGAUGAGAGAAACUGACACUCAGGUGAAAUGGCCAUCCAAGCUGAAGAUUGGAGCCAAGUCAAAGAAAGAUCCACAUGUGAAGGUGGAGGGGAAGAGAGCCAAUGUUUUGGAAGCCAAAAAGAAGAUACUAGAAGUCUUAGAAACCAGGGUAAACAAGGUGACUCUAAAGAUGGACGUGGCCUACACAGAGCACUCCCACGUUAUUGGGAAAGGCGGUGGAAACAUCAAAAAGGUGAUGGAGGUUACAUCUUGUCAUAUCCAUUUCCCCGACUCCAACAGACACAUCGGUACAGGAGAAAAAAGCAACCAGGUCUCCAUCGCUGGGCCCAUAGAGGGAGUGGAGGAAGCAAGGAGGAGGAUAAGAGACCUGCAGCCACUGUCCUUGACCUUUGACCUCCCAGUCAGCCUGGUGCCCCAGGCUCUGCCAGAUGCAGGCUCCCCUCUCAUCCAGCAGGUAGUGCAGACUCUGGGGGUCAGUGUGAGCUUCAGGGCUAUGCCACCACAUCCUCAGGCACAACCCAACUUCUACGAAAGCUGCUGCACCGUCUGGGGCCUACAGGGCAACGCAGCUGCUGUCAAAAAGGCAACUUGCAUCCUAAUGGAUCUACUGCUGGGGUCAGAGGUCACAGGCGGUAUAGUGAGUAGCCAGAUGGAUGUCACCUCCCAGCAGCAUCUCUUCCUGUUGGGGCAGAAUGGAGCCCACUUCCUGAGCGUCAUGCACCAGACCCAGACCCAGAUCAUCCUACCAGACCUCAGCGCUCCUCAGAGCCCUUCCUCACUGCUCAUCCAGGGAAGCCCUGACGGAGUGUGUCUGGCUCGGCAGCAGCUCAUGGACUGUCUGCCUGUGUGUUUGAUGUUUGACAUGCGUGAAGAUGGGGAGGCAGAUCCUUGUAAGCUGGCUCAGAUGAUGCAAAACCUGGGAGUCUUCAUUAGUGUCAAGCCCAAAGUAAAGCAGACCAGCAAGUCAGUGGUCGUGAAAGGUCUGGAAAGAAACAUCUCCUGUCUUUAUGAGGCCCGCCGUCUGCUCCUUGGGUUGGAUUCCUGUGAGACUGCCAAGGUAACUGGAAUGACCCCUGACCCUGUGCUAGGCAGCAGUGGACUGACCCACUAUUGGCUCAACAUGUUGUUGCAGCAGCUUCGUCUCUCUGAGCAGGGCUCUUUGGCAGCUCCAUCUCCAGAGGUGGUGACUAAGCUUCGCCCCUCACCCCCACCAGGUCUCACCCCUCACGCUGAUGAGGGAAGGACAGGACUGAAGGGAGCAGACAGCCGGCCACUAGAGAAGAUCUUAGAAAAUGAGGACCAGUCUGGCCAAUCAGAGGAUGAGAGCUCUAAGGUCACGGAGGUGACAUCAUCUGAGGCAUGUGAUGCAGUGAGCAGCGUCAGCAGGGUGGCGUCAAUGGGACGGAGGGGGAGUCUCCAGGGUCCUGAAAUUACCAAGGUUUUCGUCCAGGGCAGACGCCAUUCAACAGGGCAGGCACUGACAUACAGAUUGUUGAACGCAGAGACAGAGGGAAGCAGGAGUGAACGGAGGAACAGCCUGAGGAGAGAUGUGGCAUUGGCUCAGGAUGUUGGCGCUGACUCAUCCAAGGCUGAGGAUUAUGACUAUGAGAGGAAGAAACUGCUGGCAACCAGAGCUAUGCAGAGGAAGCCUGUGGUCACAGAGGUCCAGACACCCACAGACACCUGGAGUGGCCUUGGCUUCUCCAAGUCCAUGCCAGCUGAGGCCGUCAAGGAGCUACGCAACAUCAGCCGACGCAGCUACAAACCCUACCUGAGCAUCAGCAAUAACCAACAACAGUCAUGGGCAACUCAAAUGGGAAAAGUGUGUAAUGGGAGCGACUGUGAGAACUGGAGGGACAGACGUGGAUCUACAACUUCAUCCCUGCCUGGCUCUUCUUCUUCCUCCUCCUCCUCUUCUUCCUCCUCCCCCUCUUCCCCCCCAUCUUCUUUCUCCUCAUCCACCAGCUCCUUCCCUGCAUUUGCAUCCUCAGGGAAUAAAAGCAGAAAUGACAAACACUCGGAGAGCUUCCCGAGCAGCAGCAGCUACUUUGAAAGUGUGUGCUCAUCAAGGAGGGCAUCAACCUGUAGUCAGCGGAGCCCCUCCCCCCAAACAAUAGAUGACCUGCCCGAGCUGCUCAGCCAACUUGGCUUAAUCAAAUACAUUGAUGUGUUUGAACAACAAGAGAUUGACUACCAGACAUUCCUCACGCUGUCUGAUGAAGACCUGAAGGAAGUGGGCAUCUCCACCUUUGGAGCCAGACGCAAGAUGUUAUUGGCAAUCUCAGACCUGAACAAGAGCAAGAGGAGGCUCUCAGAUACACCUGCAGUGAAGCCUGGCUACCUGGAGGGUGGUGCUAGUGGGCGACUACCACGAAUCAUGGAUCUAGAUGUUGCUGCUCAGAGUAAUCGCUGGUAAGACGAGACGCCAACCAGCUCUUAGCUCCAUCUGACCCAUAUGGAGCUAUUCAGCCUCAAAAAAACAUACAGUGAUGCUGCUGCGAGCGUAGAGGUCAAAUCUGCUCUUUAUUCACCAUAAACGGAUAACCAUGAAAUUGCCUGAGGAGCAGCAAACAUUAUGUAAACAUUUGACUCCAGUGCCUUUAAUCUACAGCCAUAUCCCAAAGCUUUUUAUACAAAAUUGAGACAAGGAGGUCUUCACUUCCAACCUCUGAUUCUACAAGAAACAAACUGUAUGAAACAAAAACGAACGUCUGUGUCGAUUCUUUGUGGUGUCUUUUAUCAUCAUAAAGUGCCUUUCUUAUGCAAAUUUUAACUCCUAUGCUUUGACUAUGUGUUUAA